AUAUGAAAUAAUUUAAAUGGUUUGUUCAAUUGCUUAUGAACAAUGGAUAAUUAAGUUAUAUUAACUUUAAACAUGACCCAAACCACGCAAACCACGAUAAAACCGAAGCAAACUGGAAAAACUGAUACCAAAAAUGGUUUCGAGGAUGCAUGUGUUUGGCCUCAAAUUUUAGCUAUUCUUCUUAGUUCGUUGGCUGGUAUAAUAGAUGGAGUAUGUUUCGCUUGGACAUCACCCUUCAUUGUAAAAUUAGUUAAUGAUAAAGUGAACUAUGAUAUAUCCGAAGCUGAGGCAUCUCAAUUAACUACAAUCCAACCUGCCUUUAUGGUUAUAUCCUGUCUUUUUUUAUUCAAUUUGACCGAUAAAUUGGGAAGAAAGAAAACGUUACUUCUAGUAGGAUUACCACAAACUAUCAGUUUAAUGAUUGCAGCGUUUGCUAGACAUAUUUAUACGUUUUAUUUAGCUAGAUGUUUCGCUGGUAUUUCUAGCGCUCUAUUAUGGUGUUCGUUACCUAUGUAUAUCGGUGAAGUUGCUUCACCUGAAGUAAGGGGUGUUUGGGGGAACGCCAUAGCUUCUUCGAUGCUAACCGGACAGUUUUUUGUAAACCUAGUCGGAAGUUAUUUCGAUGUUAGUACAACGUCUUAUAUUUUUCUUCCGAUUCCAAUUUUGUUUAUAAUAUUUUUUAUUUUCAUGCCGGAAUCACCGUAUUUUUAUUUGAUGAAAGGAAACGAAGAAGCCGCUAAAAGAUCGUUGAUGUUUUUAACGAGAAAAAAGAAUGUUGAAAACGAUUUUAUAUUAUUAAGAAAUGACGUUCAACGACAAAUGUCGGAAUCGGGUAGUUGGAGAGAUCUGAUAAGUAUAUAUAGUAAUAGAAAAGCAUUAAUAGUUGCGAUAUUCUUAAGAUUUUCUCAACAGUUUUGCGGACCGUCUGUUUUAAGCCAAUACACGCAGUUUAUUAUAGAAAAAAUAGGAGGUGCAGUUAAUCCACAAGUAUCAUCGAUGCUUUAUAGUGGAUCCGCAGUGAUUUUAAAUUUCUGUGUAGUAGCUUUUAUCAUACAUAAAUUUAAACGACGAAAUUUAUUCGCUGCGUCUAUAUUAGGUUGUUGUGUGAUAUUAUUCGUUUUAGGUACUUAUUUUUAUGUCGACGAAUUCAUACCGGAAUUUGAUUUAACUGCAAUCAAUUGGUUACCGAUCACUGCGAUUAUUAUUUACCAAAUUUGUUUUUCUUUUGGCGGUUGCGUCAUACCGACUUUGAUGCUUGGAGAAUUAUUUUCUGCCAGUAUUAAAGCCAAAGCUAUGAUGGCGCUUUUAUUUCUUUUCGGACUAAUGUUGUUACUAUGUAACGUUCUAUUUAAUUUAUUAUCUUCUAAUAUUGGACCAUACGCUCCGUUUUUCUUUUUUGCGUCCGUUACCUUCGUAACGUCGAUAUUUGCGCUAUAUUUAAUACCCGAAACGAAGGGUAAAACUCUAGAAGAAAUACAAAUGUCGUUAAAAGAGAAAAAAUAAAAGUUGUAUUCAAAUUAAUACACCAUUUAAUUGAAAAAGACACUACAUUGUGAAAAAUAUAUAAACAACUGAUCGGAUUUUCAUUUUCAACAAUAGAUAAAUUGAUUUAUGAGAAAAUGUCGCGUUUAUAGUUUGUUAAUAUUUUUUUUUAAUCCACGUCGAAAAUUUUCUCGAUUUAAUUCCAUAUUUUCAAGUAUCUAUAAACAACUUAAAUAUCACUUAUAUGACAACACGUUUUGUCUACGUUCAUCAUUAAUAUGUCAAACUUUAUGAUGUCAAUGUCAGAUUUGACACAUUCAUAUCAGUGUUGCCAUAUCUCAAAACUUAAGUAGCCACCUUCGUUUAUUGAAUUCUGUAGUAUUUCUAAGCGAUACCCUGUAAUUAUUCAUGACAAUUUAUUGUUAGCGAUGCAAAUAAAGUUUAAUUAUAUAAAGUAAGUAAUUUUGAAUUUCCUUAAAUAUAUUUCACGUUCAGAUAGUAUGAUCGCUGCAAUUAAGUUCGGAAUUAACCGCCACACAUAUUUAAUUUUACGGAAAUGGCAAACUCCUAAUGUUUCUAAUGAUAUCUUAUAUAUUUAUCUUUGUUUUCGUACUUCUUUGUAUAUUUCGUUUUUGUUAAUAGCAUAAUACAACUUAAUUCUAAUCAACAUUUAUGUCUGCUUCUUGUUUACCCUCUUUAAACAAUACUUAAAUCAUAAACAGGUCGUCAAAGUAUAUUAUCUAAGACAAUCUGAUAAUUGCCAUUCGAUUUGCUUCGAGUACAAGAAACGAUGAAUUCUGAAAACCAAAGUUAACCGAAAAGCUUUGGCAAACAGUAAAUCUUCAACGAGUAAAUCCCACAAUUUCUCAUAAGGAUAAUAAGUUAAUUUGGGCUUGAGUAUUUGGUAAGAUUUUUUGCAUCUUAUGAAUUUGUGUUAAAAAUCGUAAGCUUGAUUUUUAGCUUGAACUUUCUACAGUUACUAGUUAUUUAUACAGAGUGUUCCAGGACAUUGAAAUAAAUUUUCUUAUACGACUCCCCGUUUCUGAGUUAUAGGCAUUUAAAGUUGCGAAAUCAGAUCUACUAAAUUAUACAUUCGAACAUUAUGAAUUUUUGAUGUAUGAUUAUGUAAUAUGUAAUGUUUUUGACGAAAUAAAUAAUUUAUACACUACUAUUUGAAGGCCACAGUUAACAAUAGAUUUUUAGAUCGCUUAGGUCGCCAUAAAGAGACAUUCUGAGGAAAAUUAUCAUAAAUUGUAAUCAUUUAUUGAAAAUACUCACAGGAGGUAUCAAAACACAAUCAAACAUUCAUAAAAUAAAAUUACAAAUUGCAUUCAAAUUUUUUAGUUCUUUUUCAUCAUUGACAGCUAUAUGUCAACCAUAUCUAAAACUUCUCUUUUUCCUGGAAUUGAUUCCGUAUCAAAAAUUUUUGAAUUUUUAUGAUUGAAUGUAUAAUUUUUUGAUAUUUCAUGGUUUGUUAAUGCAGUUUUAUUUUGUUUAUGGUAUUGAAGACCUUUCAAUAUAUUUUGCAGAUACUGAGAUGUCUGUCCUAUGUAAAAAAUGAUCACAAGGUAAUUGAUAUACAUAUAAUAUUAUUUAUUUUGUUUUUGUGUGUUCUAGAUUUCAGUUUAGUGAAAUAUUUGGUGAAUAUUUAGAAGUGCCCCCCCCCAAACUUUUUUACUGCCCUUCAGAUCCUUUUAGGGGAUAAAAUAAGUUAUAUUAAGGUGGGCGAAAUAUUUUCUAAGGAGCGGUUGGAAAAGAAAAUAUUUUUUCAUUAAUAAAAAGUCAUUUUAUUACUUAUUAUGAAUUUUCAACAAUGUGGUUAGGCGUCUAAACCGAAAUUUCGCGAUGUAACCAUCCAUGUAAUAAUCACGGCGGCUAUAUUUUGGCAUAUUAUCACGUGCAUCACGUCAGACUCGCCCCACGUUUUGAAUGUGUGCAUCGAAAUCAGAAUCAACGAAAUUACAAGUAUGUUUAACUCGAUACCUAUAAUAUUAAACGAGAAAUACAUACAUUUUUUUCGAUAAGCUUUCAAAGAUUGACCUAACCUAAUCUAACCUUACCUUACCUAACCUAACCUAACCUAAUCUAACAUAAAGUAACCUAACCUAACCUUUUUUUUGCCCUGAGGUGGGGUGGAAGCUAAUGCCUUCCUCACAGCGAACUGUGCAAUGCUGUGAGUUUUGUGUGGGAGUCUCACCUCACUAAACCACCCUCUUCUUUUAUCAAUCCUUGGGAGUUGUGUACGCCGGGAGGACAAGUUGUCAUAUCAUUGGCGCAACCUAACCUAACUUAAUUUAACUUGUAAUGUGCUAUUGCUCUAGAUGACCGCGUAUUCUGAUAUGAUUGGAUAAUUAUUGACAUUCAAUAUGCUUAAGAUAAUAAGUGUUAUGCCGGAAAAUAUGUGUUUCCCCCACUGUUAAAGUAAAAAAUUUUGAAGUAAGUUUGGGGUGGAGCUCCAAUUUUAAAUAAUAACCAAAUAUUUCGAUAAUUUAUUAUGUCAUUUACGAUUUAUACCGGUAUUACAUUUGUUGAAAGAGUUCGACAAUUGUUGGGAGAGUUUUGUUUUGUUCUUUGAUUGAUUAUGGUAUUUGUUUGUCCUCCAUUUUUUCAGGAUUUCUUUUAAUGCAGCUUCCGCUUUUUAUUUUGAUAUUUGCGUUGUAGGUAAUCUAUUGAUUAAUAUAAAUACGCAAAUUGUCAAAUAGAAAUAGAAAAAAACGUCAAUUUCAAUCUGUUUUUUUUUAAAUUAUUUUGUUAUAAAAAAAAUUAAAAUGGAGACGAUUUAUUAAGAAAAAAAUAUCAGUUUAUACUCGGAAAAAUCUUUGUGAAUAACUUGUAUUGUAUAAUUUCCAUAUUAGUGUAAAAUAACUCUGUAUAUGGAAUGUUUCAGCUACAUAAUUCAGAUUUAUUAUGAAAUCCCCUGUCUCCUACCGGGUUUGAUCGUCUUCGGCGUGAUUGUAGCGGUUCAUCCGCGAUCCUGCAUAAUAUAAUCUCCCUGCAAGAAAGUGUCUGUUGUCGAUGAAGUCAAAGAAAGCACGCGUGGUAAGUCCGCAAACCGGUCAUAUGGCGAUCGGUGGCCCGUUCUCUAUCAUGCCAUGCCAAAGCCAAAGCCGGAGUUCAGUAGUCCCUCGGUCUACGUAGAGGAGAGAUCAAAAAUAUACACAUCGCUCGUCGCGACAAAGUGCGCGCUGCCCUUACGACAGCAUGCGGGGCUUUUGCGCGCACUACGUGCUGUUUUUUGUGGUGUUUUUAGCCUCGAAAAGGGCUGAUUCUAUGCAAGAUACUCUUUAUAAGUGUCUAAAUAUAGAACAAGAUAUGUGCAGGUGUUCUAAGGACCAUAAGGAUAUCUAUUGCAGAACCGCCAGCUUCGAGAAAGUACCGCAAAACUUACCAGUAAAUAUUUUGAAAUUGUGAGUCCUUUAUAAUUUGUUAUCCCUUCAGAUAUCUUUUGUAUUUUUACAUUAUGAUCAACAUAGACCUAGGUCAACGUAAACUUGAAAUUUAAAUUAUAUUCAAAGAAAGCGGUUGAAAUAUUGCGAUUUGUUUAAUUGUUUUGAAACAAAUGUACUGGAAUUUCUUUCUUUUUAUAGUUUUUUAAUCUAAAACCGAUUUUUUAACCUAUAGAAUACUUAUAAUAUGGAUUUCAAUCCAACAACAGCGCAAAAAUCUUAUUUUUCGAAUAUAAUAUUGUAACUAGAUACCCAUUUUUUGAACUAAAAUAAUGCAUAUUAAAUCUUGUGAUAUUGUGGAAAAAAA